AAAACAGAGCAGACCAUGCUCUCCAGAUUAUGGUGGCCUUUGGUUUUGCUGGAUCUUCAUGUAUUUCUAGUUGAAAACACCAAUGAAGAAAAAAGAAAUGGAGUCAGAAAGCAGAAGAGCAAACCAUUCAUCUCAAAUGUAGUAGAAAAAUAUCCCAAUUCAAGUGAUCAAGAUGAAGACUGUAUUCUGGAAAUGGCUUUCCUCCUGGACAGUUCAGAGAGUGCUAAGAACUUCAAUCAUGAGCAGCAGAAAAAGUUUGUCUUGGAGACGGUAGACAGAAUGAAAGGCCUACAGCUCAGCUCUGGCCGCAGCCUAAGCUGGAGGACUGCCUUACUGCAGUACAGCAGCACUGUCCUUAUUGAGCAAACCUUUAGAGACUGGAAGGGCCCUGAGGCUUUUAAGUCGCGGAUUGCUCCCAUUACAUACAUUGGCCAUGGCACCUACACAACUUACGCCAUUACAAAUCUCACUCAACUCUACAUGACCGAGGGGACUCACGGUAGUGUGAAAGUUGCUGUAUUGUUGACUGAUGGGGCAGACCAUCCAAGAAAUCCAGAUAUUUUUUCAGCUACUGCUGAUGCUAAACAUCAAGGUAUUGUGUUCUUCACUGUGGGAAUGACCAGAGUAGCUGAGGAGGUGGCCAAUGCCGCCAAACUCCGCCUAUUGGCCAGUGUUCCAGCCUCCAGGUUUGUCUUCAAUCUGCAGGAGAAAGAUGUGGUGGAGAGAAUCCUCAAAGAAAUGAAAGAUCUGGCAGAAGAAGGGUGUCCUCAGCCUCCUAUAUGCAACUGUGAAAAAGGAGAAAGGGGUCUUCCUGGCCCUGCUGGUAAAAAAGGUCGCCCUGGGGAUGAUGGAGCUCCUGGUGCAAAGGGAGGAAAGGGGGAGCCAGGCCUAAACGGAAUUCCAGGAAGAGAUGGGACAGAGGGGAAAUCUGGAUACAAAGGAGAAAAGGGUGAAAGAGGUGAAUGUGGAACACCAGGUGUAAAAGGAGACCGAGGUCCAGAAGGCCCAGGUGGUCCAAGAGGUCCCCGAGGUCUCCAGGGCCCUCAAGGAGUGCCUGGAGACCAAGGACCUGAAGGAGUGCAAGGAUCAAAGGGUGAAAGAGGUCUCCCUGGCCCUCCUGGAUUGACUGGGGAAACGGGAGUUGGAUUGCCUGGCCCAAAGGGAGACAUUGGUUUAACAGGAAGACCAGGCCCUCCUGGUCCACCAGGAGUUGGAGAACCAGGUUUACCGGGAUCUCAAGGACCUCAAGGAAUUCAGGGAGAACGAGGAUCAGAAGGAGAAGGGCUUCCAGGACCGAAGGGAGACCGUGGCUUUGAUGGUCCAAAAGGACCUCGGGGCCAACCAGGCAUUGGCAUAAAGGGUGAAAAGGGUGAAAUAGGUCCACCUGGUCUGCCUGGGCCUAUUGGAUUACCUGGAGUUGGGAUUCAAGGCGAGAAAGGGGUAGAAGGCCCCAAGGGACCACUAGGACCAAGAGGGCCACCUGGGCAGGGGUUACCUGGACCAAAGGGUGAUCAAGGUUUACCAGGAGAAAUUGGAGCUCCAGGAGAACGAGGCCUUGGAGAACCUGGUGCAAAGGGGGAGCCAGGUACUUCAGGUUUGGCGGGCUUACCUGGCCUUCCCGGAGAAGAUGGUGCACCAGGACAAAAGGGAGAACCAGGUUUACCUGGCCCACGUGGUCCAGAAGGUGCUCCUGGAAUUGGAAUACAGGGUGAAAAGGGUGAUCAAGGUCAAAGAGGAGUACGUGGUUUAUCAGGACCAGCCGGAGCACCUGGACCUGCAGGGGCUAAAGGUGAACCUGGUUCCCCGGGACGUCUGGGAAUGCCAGGGCUUCCAGGACGUGCCAUUAUGGGACCCAAGGGUGAUAUCGGAUUACCUGGACCUCCUGGACCACUUGGGGAGCAAGGGAUCGGGAUUCCGGGGGCUAAGGGUGACCGUGGACACCCAGGACCUCCUGGUCCAUUUGGCCCAAAAGGAGAUGGAUAUCCAGGCCCACCUGGUCUUCCUGGUCUUCCUGGAGCUCCCGGAGAGCAAGGCCCCGAUGGGAUUGGAUUACCUGGACCAAAGGGUGAUCCAGGUAUGAGAGGACCAGCUGGUCUCCCAGGUCUACCUGGAGAAGGCCUUCCAGGACCAAAAGGGAAUAUUGGACGACAAGGGCCUCCUGGUGCUUUGGGCCCACCUGGUGAAGGUAUCCAAGGACCAAAGGGUAAACAAGGAAUUCAAGGAAUGCCAGGACCACGUGGGCCUCCUGGAGAAGGACUCCUUGGACCAAAGGGUGAUCGUGGAACUGCAGGGGAAAGAGGAAGAAAAGGUGAAAAAGGCAAUAUGGGAGACCCUGGGGCAGCUGGAGAACCUGGUAGAACUGGACCAAAGGGAGUACAAGGUCUAACAAGAGAAGAUAUAAUUAAGUUAAUUAAAGAGAUAUGUGGUUGUGGUAUUAAAUGCAAGGAAAUACCUAUGGAGCUAGUGUUUGUGAUUGACAGUUCUGAAAGUGUUGGCCCAGAGAAUUUCGAAAUAAUCAAAGACUUUGUCACUGCUUUAGUAGACAGAGUUACUGUAGGGAGAAAUGCUACUAGAAUUGGACUUGUCCUCUACAGUCUGGAGGUUCGGCUUGAAUUUGGACUGAAUAGGUACACAGCCCAACAGGAUGUGAAACAAGCUAUCAGAAAGAUGUUAUAUAUGGGAGAAGGCACUUACACAGGAACUGCCAUCCGCAAAGCAACACAAGAAGGCUUUUUUGGGGCUCGAACUGGUGUAAGGAAAGUUGCCAUAGUCCUAACCGAUGGGCAAGCAGAUAAGAGAGAAGCUGUUAAGCUGGAUAUUGCUGUCCGAGAAGCUCAUGCAGCCAACAUUGAAAUGUAUGCAAUUGGAAUUGUAAACACUUCAGACCCAACACAAGUUGAGUUCUUACGUGAGCUGAACCUAAUUGCAUCUGAUCCGGACAGAGAACAUAUGUAUCUUAUUGAUGAUUUUAAUACUCUUCCAGCUUUAGAAUCUAAACUUGUUAACCAGUUUUGUGAGGAUGAACAUGGCGCCUUAAUAUAUAACCGAGUUGGAAACGGAGGAAGCAUCAGUGGAUCAUCGAUCCAUUCAGUAUCUUCUUAUACUUCACAAUACUUAUUACACACAAACAAUAAGAAUGGACAAACAGUACCUUCAAGUGGAUAUGAAACAUCAGUGAAAGACAAUUCCAUGAACAUUGGCCAGUUUUCUCAGCCAUUAAUUCUGGAAAAAGGAUCACAUGGAAUAUUUCAUGGGAACUAUGACAUGGUAUCCAACAAAGGUGAUCUUCCAGUCUUGCCUCCAGUUGACAGUAAAGCAGUUACUUCGGCACUGCCAUUGCCAACAACAUCUUCACCACCACCACCACCACCAUCAUCGCUACCAUCGCUAACAGUAGAAAAGACACUCCCACCAUCUCAUUCAUCAGCUUCUCCCAUGCCAUCUACCUCCAAGCCAGCGAAUAUCCUGAGGCCUCCACAGUGUCAGUUAAGAUUAGAUCAAGGACCAUGCCGUGUUUAUAUAAUAAAAUGGUAUUAUGAUAAGCAAGCCAAUUCGUGUGCUCAGUUUUGGUAUGGUGGCUGCAAUGGAAAUUAUAAUCGCUUUGAUAGUGAAGAAGACUGUAAAAAGACAUGUGUGCUUUUCUCUGGAGAGCAGAGGAAAACUCUGAAAAAUUAA